AGCCGCUCAGGCACAGGGCCGCGCGCCGAGACCCGCAGGCUGCAACGCCGCGGCCCGGCCCAGCGCACCGGCAAGUUCGCCGAGAGUUGAGGCGAAGUUUGGGCUGCGCGGCCGGCCCGGGCUCCGCGCCCCCGGCGUCCCGCCGCUCUCAGCCCCGCCGGGGGCGCCCCUCUCCGCCUGCGUUCCCUCCCCAACCAUGUCGUCCAUCCUGCCCUUCACCCCGCCGAUCGUGAAGCGCCUGCUGGGCUGGAAGAAAGGCGAGCAGAACGGGCAGGAGGAGAAGUGGUGCGAGAAGGCGGUCAAGAGCUUGGUCAAGAAGCUUAAGAAGACGGGGCAGCUGGAUGAACUGGAGAAGGCCAUCACCACGCAGAACGUCAACACCAAGUGCAUCACCAUCCCCAGGUCUUUGGAUGGCCGGCUGCAGGUGUCCCAUCGGAAGGGGCUGCCCCAUGUCAUCUACUGCCGCCUGUGGCGAUGGCCUGACCUGCACAGCCACCAUGAGCUGCGGGCCAUGGAGCUGUGUGAAUUCGCCUUCAACAUGAAGAAGGACGAGGUCUGCGUGAACCCCUACCACUACCAGAGGGUAGAAACGCCAGUUCUACCUCCUGUGCUGGUGCCACGGCACACAGAGAUCCCGGCCGAGUUCCCCCCGCUGGACGACUACAGCCAUUCCAUCCCUGAGAACACCAACUUCCCCGCCGGCAUCGAGCCCCAGAGCAAUAUUCCAGAGACCCCACCCCCUGGCUACCUGAGUGAAGAUGGAGAGACCAGCGACCACCAGAUGAACCACAGCAUGGACGCAGGUUCUCCAAAUCUGUCCCCAAAUCCGAUGUCCCCAGCACACAAUAACCUGGACCUGCAGCCAGUCACCUACUGCGAGCCAGCCUUCUGGUGCUCCAUCUCCUACUACGAGCUGAACCAGCGUGUCGGGGAGACAUUCCAUGCCUCGCAGCCAUCCAUGACGGUGGACGGCUUCACUGACCCCUCCAACUCCGAGCGCUUCUGCCUAGGCCUGCUGUCCAAUGUCAACAGGAACGCUGCCGUGGAGCUCACACGGAGGCACAUCGGGCGAGGCGUGAGGCUCUACUACAUCGGAGGGGAGGUCUUCGCAGAGUGCCUCAGCGACAGCGCCAUCUUCGUCCAGUCUCCCAACUGUAACCAGCGCUACGGUUGGCAUCCAGCCACCGUCUGCAAGAUCCCACCAGGAUGCAACCUGAAGAUCUUCAACAACCAGGAGUUCGCCGCCCUCUUGGCUCAGUCUGUCAACCAGGGCUUCGAGGCUGUCUACCAGUUGACUCGAAUGUGCACCAUCCGCAUGAGCUUCGUCAAAGGCUGGGGAGCAGAGUACAGGAGACAGACAGUGACCAGCACCCCCUGCUGGAUUGAGCUGCACCUGAAUGGGCCUUUGCAGUGGCUUGACAAGGUUCUCACCCAGAUGGGCUCCCCCAGCAUCCGCUGUUCCAGCGUGUCUUAGAGACCCUGGGAGUGAAGAGGGAGGGGAGGGGAGGGCGGGCUUGGGGAAAAUGGCCAUGGAGGAGAAAGGAGAAAAUCAGAACUCUCCUCAACCCGUUCUUGUCAAGGAAGAAAAUCUUCUCUCUCAACCAAGGUGGCACCAACCUGUUUUCCAAAGCACAGAAGCAAACCCAGUGGUGGAUUUUAUGAACAGUUGUACCUGCUGAACACAUAUGCCCUAGGCUCCAGCGUGAAGGGCAAGAAAUGGCUUCUGCUCCAGUGGCUUAUGCCAACAGGUAGUGUUUCACCACCUGCCCCUUCCUGCAGCCACCUCCUUUUUUAAUGAGAUCUGGGAUGUCACAGUCCAACAGGAAAGCCUCUCUGCCCAGGGCUUGGUGUGGAAUUCAUCUUGGAAGGUGUUCCAGUUCUCUGGCAAUUUUGAUUAAGAGCCUCUCGGAUAGAGCAUUCCCAGCCACACCCCACCAUGCUGGCAGUGGGCACCUGAUGAGCUGACUGCGCAUGGGGAGGGGCUUGCCCGGCUGGCUCCCCUCUCAGAACACACUGAUUGGUGUGAGCAAGCACGUUCGGCAGAAUGUGUUCCUGGGACCCUGGGAAAAGUUGACGAGACCCAUCUCUUCAAAAACUUUUUUGCCCUUCCUCACUUAGAAAAGUGGGGAGGAUCUGCUGAGUCUCAGUGCGUAUGCAAUGUAUAGUUUCUAUUAUCACAUUAAUCUCAAAGAGAUUUGAAUGACAUUAAGUGUUCACAUGAAGCAAAGGGCAGUUGGAUGUAGUGGCAUUCGGGCUGAGGCAGCACUACCGCGAGUGCAUCCCCGGUCGUCUCGCGCCGUAUUCUGAUGCAUUCGGCUAUGUUGGUUUAUGUAGUCGGUUGCAUUAAUUAAACCAACUUUAUCAUAUGCUCUUUUAAA